AUGGCUGAUAUAUUGGCCUAUUUGGAUACAUUAAACUAUAAACAAUUUGUUAUAGGUUUUCAAUGUAUUGUCUAUGUAUUUGAACAAUAUCUCAAUCUUCGUCAGCAUCGUCGCUACUUACUGCGGGAUCGUCCAACGGAACUAGCAGAUAUUGUCACAGCAGAAGACUUCAAAAAGGCGCAGGCCUAUAAUUUGGAUAAAUCUCGUUUUGGAUUCAUUGUAGGACUUUACAAGCAGAUUGAAACAGUUUUGAUCAUUUAUUAUGAUGUGCUUCCUACUCUCUGGAAUAUAUCAGGUUUUGCCAUGUACAAGGUGUCAGGUUAUGGUCCUGAGCAUGAGAUUAUUCAAUCUCUCGUUUUCCUUACCCUCUUCAAUAUCAUUUCGACUAUUACCAACUUGCCAUUCAGUCUUUACUCGACUUUUGUUAUUGAAGAGCGUCAUGGUUUCAAUAAGCAAACGAUUGGCUUGUACUUUACCGAUUUGAUAAAGCAACAAAUUCUCAUGGCAGUUUUGAUGUAUCCAUUCAUGUCUCUCUUUAUAUGGAUCAUCAAGUCUACUGGUGAUAAAUUCUAUUUCUAUGUUUGGUUAAUUGCCGUUGUUUUCCAACUCUUUAUCAUUACCAUCUAUCCUACGUUUAUUCAACCCUUGUUCAACAAAUUGACACCUCUCGAAGAAGGGGAUUUAAAGAGCCGUAUUGAAGCGUUGGCGGACCGUAUCCAAUUCCCUCUCAAGAAAUUAUAUGUGAUUGACGGAUCCAAGCGCUCAUCUCACUCUAACGCUUAUUUCUACGGUUUUGGCAAAAACAAGCAUAUCGUUCUUUUCGAUACGCUCCUCGAACACUGCAACACGGAUGAAAUUUGCGCCGUGUUGGCUCAUGAGUUGGGUCACUGGCAAAUGGGCCACACGAUGAAGCUUUUGGUGGUCAAUCAAGUCUAUUUGUUGACCAUCUUUUGGCUGUUUUCCUACUUUAUCCACAAUCCCAAGCUGUAUCAAGACUUUGGUUUCGAGCAAACGAUGCCUAUCUUGAUUGGUUUCAUGUUGUUUUCGUUCAUUUAUGCUCCUGUGGAGAGUGUGAUUGGAUUCUUGCAACAUGUCUACCAACGCAAGAACGAAUACGAGGCGGACGCGUAUGCUUUGAAGUUGGGUUAUGCUUCUACUUUACGUAGCUCUCUGAUCAAAUUGAGCGUGAAGAAUUUGGGUGGUUUCAAUAUUGAUCCUUGGUACUCGGCUUGGAACCAUUCUCAUCCUAGUCUGGUGGAAAGAUUAAAGGCAUUGAACGUCAAGCCUACAUCCGAUCAGCCGAUCGUAGCAGAGGAGAAGAAGAACGCAUCCGAGGACAAAAAGGAUUUGUAA